UAUUUUUAAAAAUGGCGGAUAAAGUUAAAUCAGAAGCGCUUGACUGGAAUAUUGAUACAGAAGUUCAACUUUUUCAUGCAAUGCGAGGCCACAAACCUGUUGGAGUUAAUAGGUUUUUCCAGAUGAUGUGUAUUCUUGAGAAAUUCAGCAACUCUAUCAAUAAAGAAAUCUCCUCACAACAGAUAUGGGAUCACCUAGAUACCAUGUAUGAUAUGGCAGCUUUGCACGAAUCUGAAAUUCUUCCCUUCCCCAAUGAUGAAAUUGAAUUUUUUCUUCCUGAAUCUGAUUUUGGAGAGUUACUCAUGGACAAAGAAGAUGACACGAGCUCUUCAUCUGGGUCUACCACGCCCUCUUUCAAAGAAUCCAAGGGAGAUAGUAGCCUUUCAAAAAAUGAAGGUAAAACUGGGAAGGACACACCUACAUCAUCCAAAGGUGGUAAAACUGGUAAGGACACACCUACAUCAUCCAAAGGUGGUAAAACUGAUCUAUCGUCCAGUUCAAAGGGAAGUCGAGGAGAUUCAACUAAAGGGGACUCUGGAGCAAAAGGAGGUAAAGGGGAAUCAUCUGGAACCUCUCAAAAAGGAAAUAAAUUUGAAGGUUCUAAGACUGAAAGUAGUGCAAAAGGUGCCAAAAGAGAAACUUCUAAGAAUGACUUGAGUGGAAAUCCAAAAGGCAUCAAAGGAGAUACUUUGAAGGGAAGGAAGAGUGAUGGGACGGGGAGCGCUAAGAAAAAGAGAAGGGAGUCGGAAGAAAGCUCCAAAAGUGUAACUCCCGUUGCCACUAAGGGAAAUAAGUCUGAUAGUGCAAACAGCUCCUCCAAAACUCCUGCCAGUGCUAAAGGCAGCAAAGGUGAUAGUCACAAAUUAGGAAAAGGAAGCGCUAAAGGUGACGUGUCUUCAUCAGAAGAGAGUGUAGGAGCCACACCCAAAUCUAGCAAACAUCAUUCAUCUAAGGAAGAUACAUCCGAAACGCCAAAGAGGAAACGUUUAUCUUCUAACACACCACAGUCCGCUAAAAAACGAAGAACGUGACAAGAACAAGAGCAUAUUGCCCCUUUUUUUUUCUUCAUAGGCUGUUCAGAUGGAAGAAUUAUCUGAACAGCAGUGAUACAGGUUCCAGACAGACAGACAGUGUGAUUUUAGUGAAGUCAUAGAUUCGUACAUUUUCAUUCAGAAGACUUCUGUGAAAAAUACUCUUUCUGUUUAUUGUUUGUUUAUAUGGAAGUUACCAGAAGUUGAAAUUGAAUGACUAACAGAAAAAAAAUACAUGUCAAGUUAAUGAACUGGAAACAAACGUCACCGCUCAUCAAAAUAACUUUUAUAUUAUAUGUACUUGUGAUGUUACUUGGUAUAAUAGUAAUAAACCAUUAAAUCUCAACCUGAGUCUUGGUAAUUAGAAUCACUAAAUUUAUUGUUCCCAAAGCUUACAGCUAAUACGUGCUCGUGAUUAUACAAUGCAAAAGUUUUUAUUAUGGGGUGGGAGAGCACUAUGUAUAAUAAUUUGACCUUUUGAACCCAUAUUACCACAACUUAAAAGGUGAGGUUUAUCGUGGGACCUACCCCGUCCAACUCCUAAUUUUGUUAAAGACUGUGUAAUUUGAUACGAUGUACCAUUCGAUAUCGUUAAUUAAAAACAACACCAACAAACAAACUGUAUCUGAAUAUUUUACCAUUACAACUGUUAUCCAAUUUAUGAUCGCUUGUUUAACUUUUAGUGAUGUCACUGUACAAGAACGAGUAGUGAUGGCCCAAUUUUAAAUUGCAACGUCAUUUUUCACCUGGCGUCUUCUGUGCAAAAAUUAUAAAGUACUAAAGUUUAUACAAGUUUGUUUGCAGUUAAGCACAAAGCUACACAA